AUGAGUAGUCAUCCUGAGGUGUGGGAGGUCCGUGUGAAAGAUGUUGACGAAGCCAGAGAGAGAAUAUUAUUUGAUAUUCGGUACAUGCGUUACAAGGUCAUUUAUUUUGAUGGUUGGAAUGGAUUUGGAGCAUCCGCUGUUCUUAGAUCCACAGCUGCAGUGCUUUCAUCUAGGAGAACCACUCCGGAACUGUGCUUUGACAAAAUAAUUUAUAUUGAUUGCUCAGAGUGGAAAAACAGAAGAGGAGUGCAGAGGGCAAUUGCAAAGGAACUGCAACUUGAUCGCUCUGUAAUGGCUAUUCUUGAUAAGCAAGAUGAAGAUGAUUAUUUUUUGGGACAUGAUGAAAGCCUGAGGCAUGAGAUAGAUAGUGUUAGUCAAGUGAUUGAUCAAACCCUAAGGGGUAUCAAAUUUAUUAUGAUUUUCCUUAAUGGGAGUGAUGACGAGGUUGAUGUGGGUCUCAUGGGUGUUCCUCUUGCAAGAUAUGGCAACAACAUGCUGAUAUGGACCUUCAGCAGAAGCUAUCUGACCAUGCAUCGGGACCGUUCCGAGGUAGCAAAAAAGCUAAGAUAUACUCAAAUUUUCCAUCUUUCUUUUAUCGAAGAAUUGAAGGCCUCACAGUUUCAUGGAGUGCUACAUCAACAAGCUGCUACCAUAGUUGCUCGCAACCCAUGUAUGCUGGACAUUGACCCAGCAAUUAUUGUAGAUUGUUGUCUCUAUGAUUUAUUCCUGCACAAUAAUUUUCACACCGUCACUAAAUUUCAUUGGGUUUCUCAUGCUUCCAACUAUUGGAUAUGUGAUGCAACCAUACAAGGGGACAGAGCAAGGGAUAUUAGUGAUGCAUUGCAUCGAGAGAUAAAUUGGAAGUUUGAUGCUUCUCUGCAUGAUCAUAUUCUUAAAAUAAUGUUCACACAUUCAGAGUCUCCUUUUCUGGUAAUUAAAGACGAUGAUGUCUAUGAAGAAGGCCCAUACCGUUGGAUUUCAGUCGUGUCAAGAGAUGCAGAAGUACAUGGUAUGAAAGCAAUACCUGCAGAGGCAUCAUCUUUCUUCUUGGCAUUUGAAAUACCCAAUCACCCACAAGCUUUACCAGAUGGAUUUUUUGAUCAUUGCAGCAAGCUUGGUGUGUUGAUUCUCUAUUGUUGUGCCUUCAAUUUUGCCUCACCUUGUUUCUUGAAGUGUCAUGGUCUAAGAUUCCUUGGACUGGACCACUGUACAGAUGACAAAACAAUUGAAGGAGAUCAUAAUACAGAGUGGUUAUAUUUGUAUAGCCUAUGGGUGCUGGACCUACGUUACACAAACUGGAAUCAAAUCUUAUCCGAAGAAAAGAUGGAUCUCAUGACUAACAUCAGGGAGCUAAAUAUAGAGGGAGUCAUGGGCUGGCAGUACAUAGCUUGCCUACAGGGGCGGUUACCUAACCUCCGGAGGCUCCGAAUAAUCAAACCAACAUGUCAAUGGGAGACAUCAGAGGCUAUCGAUGACUACUUCAUAGAUAAGAAAAGUAUGGAAAUACUUGACUUGUCAGGCAAUUGUGACAUGAAAUUUCUUCCGACAAACCUAUCAGAGGCAAGUAGCCUCCGGUUGCUUGUACUUGAUGGUUGUGAUGAAUUGGAAAGUGUUGGUGGGCUUCCUCCCACCCUUGAAUCUGUCAGGUUUAAUGGAUAUGGGUCAGCUUCUCAAUGGACGCAAACUGUUGAGCUAUCUCCAAAACAAUUUUGUCCAUCCAGCACAACACAUAAUAAGUAUGUCAGAGUAUCCAAGAUCUCCUUAGCAGGCUGCACACAAUUGGAGCAUUUGUUCUUGUGUUGGCUACCCAACCUAGUGGAAUUGGACCUCUCUGGAACAUCAAUCAAGAUACUUGACUUCAAGACUAUGGUGGUGCAAAUCCCAAGGCUCAAGCGAUUGUUUCUAAUAGGAUGCAAGCACCUUUGUGCAAUAAACUUUUUGCACGAGAGUGUUUCUUACCUGGAGUUGAUAUGCGUAGACACGCGAGCUGGAAUCGUGUGUCCUCGGCCAUCCAUUGGAAAAAACAAACCUUCCCGGUUACAGGUGCAUGCUGUUGUUGUGGACGCGAGGCUUGCUGGCUCCUUGCAGAAUUUGAUCGUUAAUUAUAUACAAUAUAUUGUUCAUUUUAAUAUCCAUGUCACAUCCUCACCUGUGUAUGAUGGAGUUGUUCAGUUUGAAGCAACCAGCAAGGAUAUGAUUGGCCCCAGUGAUCAAGAGAGCAAGCAGCUUAUUCCAGCAGGCUGGUACAGUGAUGUCCUUGGCAUGGUUGGCGCUGCCUCACCCCUAAUGCAGACCUUUCCACAGCCUCCUACUAUAAAGUUGGAUCGACAUGUAGAGAUUGCUCAAGGGAGCUUCUAUGUUGAGAGGGAGCUUCAAGAAGCACUAGGCGAAUUGAUGAUAAGAUCAGAAUCCUUGCAUGUGCAUGAUGUCUCAGUACGUGCUAUUACGCCUCAAGGACGUCUAUGGCGCAAGCUUAGGUGGUGCUGCGUGGAGAGGUGCCCCAAAGUGGACAUCGUCUUCCCUCGGCAGGAAUUUACUGCAUUGGAGACCUUGUGGGUGUCUGACCUCCUAAUGGCCCGCUCGAUUUCGAGUAAAGGUUCACGCACUGGUUAUUAUAGCGAAAUCAUCUCCUUCGGAAAUUUACGGCACCUUCAGCUGCGUUCAUGCCCGAGCCUCCAGUUUGUGCUCCCGCUGCGGGUCCCCUCCAUCCCCAUCUUGGAGACCCUCCACAUCAUCCACUGUGGCGACCUCAGCCACAUCUUCAUACUGAACGAAAAGUACCCUAAAGAAAUAACUACCCGCGGUGUACAAUUCCCAAAGCUGACAACCAUCCACCUGCACGACCUCCCGAAGCUGCAGAACAUAUGCGAGGUCAAGAUGGUGGCCCCUGCGCUCAAGAGCAUCAAGAUCAGGGGAUGCUGGAGCCUGCGCCGGCUGCCAUCCGUGGGUGCCCGUGGCCAAGGCGAGAAGAAGCCAGCCAUCGAGAUUGAGAAGGACGUGUGGGACGCUCUGGAGUGGGACGCCGGCCAUCGCCCCGAGCACCUCGAGCCGCCGGUCUUCUCGCGCUACUACAAGGAGAAGCUGCCCAGGGUCUCCGUCCUCAGGUAUGUCGCCUAG